AUGACUUCCACACAAAAAAAGUCAAAGGAGGAUCGUCCGUACAAAUGCACCAUGUGUGACAAAGCGUUUCAUCGCUUAGAGCAUCAAACUCGUCAUAUCCGUACACACACGGGUGAAAAGCCUCACCCUUGCACAUUUCCAGGUUGUACGAAACGAUUUUCUCGUUCAGAUGAAUUGACAAGACAUUCUCGUAUCCACAACAAUCCUACACUGCGUAAGAGACUCGUCCAACUAGAAGAACCCCAUGCUGAAGGGCCAUAUCAGUUUAUUGCUGCUGAUGCCAACGGUAUGUCUGUCCCUGUUGCUGCAUACCCAGUGGCAUUUGAAAGCAACGGCAACCCGGUACACUAUUAUCCAAACUCAGGUUAUCCAGUCUAUGUGGUGCAACAAAAUGGUGCUGCUGGUGCAGGCCAUCCCGUCGCAGUUCCAGUGGCACAAACUCCCCAUCCAGUUAUUCAAACUGUAUCCGGUAUGUCAACAUUGCAACGUCAAGCAAUGCCUGUUUUCACCCUGCCAACUGCUGCAACUCAUUCACCACAGGCUGACUCGAACUAUGGAUACGCUGCGCAAGCUGUUCUUAGAGUUGCUUCUUCCGAUGGCUUGGCCCCCAACUCAAGAUUCAUACCAGCCGAGCGUGCACCCCCUCGUAGUUCCAGUCUGACCUCUGUAGGAUCUAAUGGUAAUGGCAUGUUCAGCAUCCAAAACACUGUGUCCACGGACAAUCUGGCAGUCCAUCUGUUAAGCACACUGCCUGCUGAUUCACACUUCUCCAGGAAGGUGCCUCCAUCAUUCUCAAAUAUCAAUGACUAUUUCCGUCUGCGCAGUCCAGGCGCCACCGCGCCUCUGAUGUUAGCGAAGCUGAAAUCCACCCAGUCAUUUACCAGUUUGUCUUCUUUAAAUUCGUUAUCUGGCCUCCAGAGAAUGACUCCUCUCAAGCCAGUCGUUUCGUCUGCAACUUCUGCUAGCUCUGUUGCCACCGCGGUUCCAAAGCCCGGCUCGCUGACUCAAUUAAAUCUUGAAUUUGCCCAGGCUCACAAGAAGUCAAGGCCAAACUCACCCAGUCAGACACCUAUUCAUUUGCACAAAACUCCUAGCACAGCUACAUCCCCUGCGCAAACGGUGCAAAGCGCGGCUACUGGACAUCCCUUUUUUAUUAUUUCACCAAACGAAACGCCAUUACAGACACCCUCGCAAUCUCCACACCUCCAGGCACAAAUGCCCAGUGACAACGGCUUGAACUCCAUCCUGUUGUUCAGCAAACUUGAGGAACAAAAGCUUCAUGAGCAGAGAGAUGAAAGCAUCGCUAUUAAUGGUACUACACUUCCUCCCAUCAGAUCUGUAUUCAACUUCUCGCAGGCCGAAGUAAAGCCUUUGAAGCCAUUACAUGUGAAGAAGGAGGGACAGGCAUAA